AUGGCGUCGGUCGUCACCGCGGGUUCCGGGUUCCUCCGCCCCGCAGUGGCGAUGCGUCGAUCCCGGGUCAAAGGCAGGAGCGCCGGGGACGACACCGGGUCCCCGCUCCAGGACCUGACGUCGCCCAGCCUCACGCCGUGGGAGGUUCUCGGCAUCGACGUGGCGACAAAUCAGGAGGUGAGCAUCGCUGACGUGAGAAGGGCGUAUCGAGCGAGGAUGAAGGUCUACCACCCGGAUGUGUACGCCGGAGAUGCGACGGACAAGGAGGCGAACGCGCGGCGCGUCGUCGCCGCCUACGCCGCCGUGGCGAGGGAGAGUGGUCUCCUCGACAGUGGCGACUCCGCUCGGGCCGUCGACUGGGACGCAAACUCAAACUCGGAGGUGUUUCCGUGGGCCAGGGAGGACGCGGACCCGUUCGAAGAGCCGGAGGGACCCGCGCAGUCCGUGUUCGUGAACGAGUUCGCGUGCAGGGGCAGAGGCGCGUGCCCGGGGUACUGCUGCUGCGUGGAGAGGAACCCCGGAAGCUUCGCGUGGGCCGAGGACACAAACGCGGCGAGAUUUAGAGUCGACGCCGAGACGUGGGGGGACCUGAACCGUCGCGCGAUGUCGACCGGCGCGAGCGAUGCGGUCAAAGAGGACGCCGACAUCGCCGCGCACAGGCUGAACCUGGCGGUGGGACAGUGCCCCGAAGCCGCGAUACACUGGGUCACGCCCAGGCAGAGGACGGUGCUGGAAGGUUUGGUUGCCGACGCGGUUGACGGGACGUCUGCGCCGAACGAGGCGGGCGCGAGAGUGUACGAGCUGCUGGCCAAGGCGAAGUGGGAGAACGGGCGCGCGGCGGCUCCGGCGGCGAGCAAGCGGCGCGCGAAGGCGUCCACGAGAUGGGUCGACUGGUACUGAGAGUCGCGUAGCACGUAGCAACUGGAGUUUACAUUUUUUUGGCUCUC